GAGCUUUGACAGAGGUCGUGCGUAAAACGACAGCGGGAGAGUGCGCGCGCGUUAAAGCUAACUCGCAUUUGGCAGCAGUUAAGUUUUAUUUUAGCUUUUCUUCGGAUAAGCAGGGGGUUAACUUCAAGUCUCUAAAUGCAUCUUCAUCUCAUUCCGUUCGGUUAUUACACGUGAGGUUCCGCUGUCUUUUAGCCAUGAGCUGCUUGGAUGUUAUGUAUCAAGUGUAUGGUCCACCACAACCCUACUUUGCAGCAGCGUACAGCCCCUACCAUCACCAGAAGCUGGCAUUUUAUUCCAAAAUGCAAGAGGCGCAGGAAGGUGUGAGCAGCGGUAGUUCUUCGUUCUCUAACCUGCCCGGGGCCGCGAUAAAGGAGGAGGACUGCGCACGAGAGAAGGACCAUCCUCCCGAGGCCGAGUACCUCAGCUCCCGCUGCGUGCUCUUCACCUACUUCCAGGGAGACAUCAGUUCCGUGGUGGACGAGCACUUCAGCCGCGCGCUCAGCCAACCCAGCAGUUACAUCCCGAGCUCUGCCAGCAACAAGUCUGCACGAGAUGGAUCAUUCCCUAUGAACCAGAGAUGCUUCCCUGCCUCCUUCUGGAACAGCACCUACCAGCCGUCUGUCAGCGCCUCCCUGAGCAGUGCCCUGAGCGCCUCCCACUCAGAGCUGCCCUUCCCAGGGGACCCGUACUCCCCCGCCUCCCUGCACAGCCACCUCCACCAGGCCACGCCGGAGCCCUGGCACCCCUCGCACCACCACCACCACCACCACCACCCCUACUCGCUCGGCAGCGCCAUCAGCACCCAGAGCUCGGCCUACGCGCGGCCCGGCGUGCACGACGUCUACGGCACGCACUUCGACCCUCGCUACGGCUCGCUGCUGGUGCCCUCCGUGCGGCCGCACAGGCUGCCCCCGAGCUCCGCGCCACCGGGAACCUCACCGUGCGACAUCGGCAAGGGCGAGCCGGGCAGCUCCAGCUGGACGGGGCCGUUCACGGGGACGGGAUCGGAGAUGGGCCAGGGGCUCAGCCUCAACGUGGACGCAGGUAUGCCUUCACAAGAUAAGAGCAAGGAUUUAUACUGGUUUUAGAGCCCUGACGCUGUCCCUUCCUCCUCCUUCAGCUGGCCUUUGGUGUCUCUCUCUCCCUCUCUCUCUGCCUGCCUGCCUUGUAGACUUUUGACAGACAUUUUUUUUUGUAACAGCAUUUUGAUCUCACUUGCAGCUCGGCGCUACACCUUCUGUGGUGGGACCAUCCUGAGCUGAAAGCUUUUGCCAGCAGAGGGACAGACAGACAGACAAAAUCUUCUUCAGCUAAAAUCGGAGCCCAAAAAGAUCAGCUUUAAAAAAAACAUCCCUUCUUCCAAGAGCCUUGCCUUGAAUGAAUGAGAGUGAACUACAAAAUAGGCCUCGCUCACCCAACAGCAAACGUUUGAGAGGGGGAAACUGCAGCUGAAGAGGGAAGGGGGAAGGAUGGGUUCUGUGAUCCGGGCGGAACAGUUUGCCAGAAGCGUGCAGUGGUAGGACGGACAGCUGAACACUUCAAGCUCAAAGAGCCCACUUGUCCAACGACAAGAGAGACAGAGAGAAGCACACACACGUAUUUUCCUUUGGAGAAAUAACGCGGGUGGAAGAUGCAUUUUAUAUGCCCUGACAACUUUUGAUUUUCCUGCCAAGGAAAAGGACACUGUGUGGGAUUUGUUUUUCGUCGUCUGGCAAAUCUUUAAUCAAUAUUGAUAAUAUGACUGUGAAAAGGAGCAGAGGACUGGAGCAGAGAGCAUUCCCGGACUUGACUGAGGAGAGGAGAGAACACACAGGCUAUUUGAAGCCAUCUGACUCCCAUCUAUAUGGCUCACAGCAGCUGUCAAUGACAACUGUUUUGGAAGUGAACAGACACACAUUGCACACACAAUGGCAGUGUCGUGUCGCUGAGAAGCAUUUGACCAAGCAAGCAAGCAAGGGCUCCGGAGCUUUCAUAAAAGGACUAUUUUGUGAAAUCUGGACCUCCACCCACAGGGAACAACUGGUCGGCCUCUUGAUUUGGGAAGGACACGAGGGGGAUGGGGCAGCCAACACAGGAUAGACACGCACAUGCGCGCGCGCACACACACACACACACACACACACACACACACACACACACACACACACACACACACACACACACACACACACACACUUACUCACUGGGUCAACAAGCUCUAAAAGCUGUGUACACUUGUAUAUAUGUGAGUGUGUUAAGUGAACCUGCCUCAAGGCAGAUCUCAAGUGUGGCUGGAGAUAGCUUUGAAAAUGGUUCCAUUUAAAGAUGGGUCCUUGAUGUUUUUUUAGACAUUGGCAAAGCUAUUCAGAUUUGCCAAAGAUAUAUACAUAUGUGAACAGUGAAAAGGCAUUAAUAUAUUUAUGUUGUUUUUGUUUUCGUUUUUCGUUUUCUUCUUCUGCUGUCCCAAAAGUGAAAAUUGCAAUCAUGUCUGAUUUGGCUGUAUCACAGCCGUGUAAUAUAUAUAUAUAUAUUUUAAAAAAAGACUCUAGAUAUUGGCACCAACCCCCCCUAUACUGUGUUGUUGCAAUGCAGAAUUUGUGAAUAAUCGUAAGUGUGUUCUGUAGUAUUGGACAAAAAAAGAUUGGUAUUACCCUUAGUUAAGAAAACCAACAGCACCAUGGAGCACAUGUCUAUUAAAUGUAUUGUAAAUACUCCAACUUCCCCUGAAUGUAUCACUGGUUUACUUACACUAAAUUUCUCAAGUACUCAAAAGAAACGGAAGCAAAAUGCUAUUUUACUAUUAUGGCUUGAAG